CUUGACACUCCGAGCAGCGAUGGCAGAACUGCCCGUGACAGACACUCCUGGGGACACGGCUCUGUGCAGUGGGCGCUUCACCAUCAGCACACUGCUCGGGGGUGAUGAGCCCCCACAGAGUGCCUGCGACAGCAGCCAUGCCAGCCACCUGACCCACGGCAGCACCUUGUACAUGCGAACCUUUGGUUACAACACCAUCGACGUGGUGCCUGCCUACGAACACUAUGCCAACAGUGCCUUGCCCGGAGAGUCCAGAAAGGUGCGGCCCACGUUGGCUGACCUGCACUCCUUCCUCAAGCAGGAAGGUAGCCACCUGCAUGCCCUGGCCUUUGACAGCCGAGGAGGCCGUGAGCUGACCGAUGGACUGGUGGAGGACGAGGCAGGCACCGACAGUGAGCAGAGCCCUGGGGAGCCCGUACGCUUCGGCUGGGUCAAGGGAGUGAUGAUCCGAUGCAUGCUCAACAUCUGGGGCGUGAUCCUCUACCUGCGGCUGCCCUGGAUCACAGCACAGGCGGGCAUUGUGCUGACCUGGCUCAUCAUCCUGCUCUCGGUUAUGGUGACGUCCAUCACAGGCCUGUCCAUCUCAGCCAUCUCCACCAACGGCAAGGUCAAGUCAGGGGGUACCUACUUCCUCAUCUCCCGGAGUCUGGGCCCAGAGCUCGGGGGCUCCAUCGGCCUCAUCUUUGCCUUCGCCAAUGCCGUGGGAGUGGCCAUGCACACCGUGGGCUUUGCGGAGACUGUACGGGACUUGCUCCAGGAAUAUGGCACGCCCAUUGUGGACCCCGUCAACGACAUCCGCAUCAUCGGUGUGGUUACUGUCACCGUGCUUCUGGCCAUCUCCCUGGCUGGCAUGGAAUGGGAGUCCAAGGCCCAGGUGCUAUUCUUCCUCGUCAUCAUGGUCUCCUUUGCCAACUACUUGGUGGGGACGCUAAUCCCUGCAUCCGAAGACAAGGCCUCCAAAGGUUUCUUCAGUUACCAUGGGGACAUUUUUGUCCAGAACUUGGUGCCUGACUGGAGAGGUGUUGAUGGCAGCUUCUUUGGAAUGUUUUCCAUCUUCUUCCCCUCAGCCACCGGCAUCCUGGCAGGGGCCAACAUCUCUGGGGACCUCAAGGACCCUGCUGUGGCCAUUCCCAAGGGAACGCUCAUGGCCAUAUUCUGGACCACAAUCUCCUACCUCGCCAUCUCGGCCACCAUUGGCUCCUGUGUGGUGCGCGAUGCAUCUGGGGAUGUGAAUGACACUGUGACUUCUGGCUCCGGAGCCUGUGAGGGACUGGCCUGUGGCUAUGGCUGGAACUUCACCAAGUGUGCCCAACAGCACAGCUGCCGCUAUGGCCUCAUCAACUACUAUCAGACCAUGAGCAUGGUGUCAGCCUUCGCGCCCCUGAUCACGGCCGGCAUUUUCGGGGCCACUCUCUCCUCUGCCCUGGCCUGCCUCGUCUCUGCUGCCAAGGUCUUCCAGUGCCUGUGUGAGGACCAGCUGUAUCCUCUGAUCGGCUUCUUCGGCAAAGGCUACGGCAAGAACAAGGAGCCUGUGCGUGGCUACCUGCUGGCCUAUGCCAUCGCUGUGGCCUUCAUUAUCAUUGCUGAGCUCAACACCAUCGCCCCCAUCAUUUCCAACUUCUUCCUGUGCUCCUACGCCCUCAUCAACUUCAGCUGCUUUCACGCCUCCGUCACCAACUCCCCUGGGUGGAGACCCUCCUUCCGAUACUACAGCAAGUGGGCGGCGCUGUUCGGGGCGGUGAUCUCGGUGGUCAUCAUGUUUCUGCUCACCUGGUGGGCGGCCCUCAUCGCCAUCGGAGUCGUCCUCUUCCUUCUGCUCUAUGUGAUCUACAAGAAGCCAGAGGUGAACUGGGGCUCCUCAGUGCAGGCUGGCUCCUAUAACCUGGCCCUGAGCUACUCCGUGGGCCUUAAUGAAGUGGAAGACCACAUCAAGAACUACCGCCCCCAGUGCCUGGUGCUCACAGGCCCCCCCAACUUCCGCCCAGCCCUGGUGGACUUUGUGAGCACCUUUACCCAGAACCUCAGCCUGAUGAUCUGCGGCCAUGUCCUCGUUGGUCCCCGCAAGCAGAGGAUGCCCGAGCUCCGGCUCAUUGCCAGCGGGCACACCAAAUGGCUCAACAAGAGGAAGAUCAAGGCCUUCUACUCUGACGUCAUUGCCGAGGACCUCCGCAGUGGCGUCCAGAUUCUCAUGCAGGCUGCAGGGCUGGGGAGAAUGAAACCCAACAUCCUGGUGGUCGGGUUCAAGAAGAACUGGCAGUCUGCUCACCCAGCCACAGUGGAAGACUACAUCGGCAUCCUGCAUGAUGCCUUCGAUUUCAACUACGGUGUGUGUGUUAUGAGGAUGCGCGAGGGGCUCAAUGUUUCCGAGGUGAUGCAGGCACACAUUAAUCCCGUGUUUGACCCAGCAGAGGACGGCAAGGGGGCCAGAACCAGUGGGGCCAGACCAUCUGUGUCUGGCACAGUGGCCCCUGAGGCGCUGGUACGAGAGGAACAGGCCAGCACCAUCUUCCAGUCGGAGCAGGGCAAGAAGACCAUUGACAUCUACUGGCUCUUUGACGAUGGAGGCCUCACCCUCCUCAUCCCCUAUCUCCUGCACCGCAAGAAAAGAUGGAGCAAAUGCAAGAUCCGUGUGUUUGUCGGGGGCCAGAUCAACAGGAUGGACCAGGAGAGAAAGGCGAUCAUUUCCCUGCUGAGCAAGUUCCGGCUGGGAUUUCAUGAAGUUCAUGUCCUUCCUGACAUUAAUCAGAAGCCUCGGGCUGAGCACACCAAGCGGUUUGAGGAUAUGAUCGCACCCUUCCGCCUGAACGAUGGCUUCAAGGAUGAAGCUACUGUUGCCGAGAUGAGGCGGGACUGUCCCUGGAAGAUCUCAGAUGAGGAGAAUAACAAGAACAGAAUCAAGUCCCUUCGGCAGGUGAGACUGAAUGAGAUUCUGCUGGACUAUUCUCGAGAUGCAGCCCUGGUUGUCAUCACCUUGCCCAUAGGGAGGAAGGGGAAGUGCCCCAGCUCCCUAUACAUGGCCUGGCUGGAGACCCUGUCCCAGGACCUCCGACCUCCUGUCAUCCUAAUCCGAGGAAACCAGGAGAAUGUGCUCACUGUUUACUGCCAGUGACACUGGGCACGGUCACGCCUCCAGACAAGGCACAACUCGCCUGUGUCCAGUCCCGGGGACAGGACUUGCUCUGGUGCACAUUAAGUCAUGGCAUCUGAUGGUUCCGCUGUAGAAGAUGUUUUCAAACUGGCUGGAUCCCACUUCCAUCAGAAUGCCCUCUGGGAUUGUUCUUAAGGAGAAGCAGCAACUGGGGUUACGCAGAAAAGUCUCUGGAAGAGUCUCUUUUAAAACAUUGUCUUUUGUCUUGAUGUCCAUUAAUUAAGACUUCAGUCCUUGA